ACAAAUUCACGAAUGUUGCACGUGUUUUUAAUUUUCAAGUAUUUUCUUGUAUUCUAAUUCUAACUACUAGUAAUAAUUGUUUCCAACUAAAAUAGCUGUGCCAAAUAAUUCUACAUCAUGUCGAAAAAGAUCAAGCAUUUAGUCGUAGACACAUCGGCGUUCAUCAAAGCUGGAAACUUGCAAGACAUCGCCGAGAAUGUGUACACAAUUCAAGAAGUUAUCGAUGAAAUUACGAACGACAAGCAACGCCGCAAGCUGGUGGUGCUGCCGUACGACCUGAAAAUCAAGAAUGUGUUCACUGAGAGCAUCAACUUCGUCACAGACUUCUCUAAGAAGACGGGAGACUACACAAGCCUCUCCGCCACAGAUAUCAAAGUGAUGGCGCUCACUUACCAGAUGGAGAAGGAAGUCGUCGGCACGGAACACCUCAAGACAGAGCCCACCAUGCAGAAAACCCUAAAAGUUAGCGGCCUUGCCAACUACACCCCACAUCCCGACACAGACGACAACAAAGUCAAUGAAACAAAACCAACUGAACAACAGGAACCAUCCAAUAGCCCUAAAGAAGAAGUAAAGCAAGUUAAUGUAGAAAUUCUAAAUGAGUCUAAAGAGGAUGGCUACAGCAGUGAUGAGGACCAGGCCUUGGCAGAACAGAUAGCUGACCAAGUUCAAAAUAUGCAACUGAAAGAUGAUGUUGAUGACAUGAUGGUUAAAGUCUCUGAUGAUGAAGACGAGGAGUCAGAGAGUGAGGGCAGUGAGGAUGAUAGUGAUGAAGGCGAGUGGAUCACACCCAACAACCUCGCUGAGAAGAAGAAAGAAAUGGACAUGGGUGACUACUGUGAAGACAUAUCAGUGGAAGUCGCUUGCAUCACCUCUGACUUCGCCAUGCAGAAUGUCCUGAAGCAAAUAGGCCUCAACGUCACCUCAAUUGAUGGUAGGAUCAUCCGACAGCUUCGCACCUUUAUCUUUCGCUGUACCACAUGCUUUAAAACCACCAGUGUGAUGACUAAACUGUUUUGUCCUAAGUGUGGGCAUGCAACACUGAGGAAAGUGGCUGUGAGUGUAGAUGAGCAUGGCAACCAACACAUACACAUCAAUGGUCGCAAACCACUGACAGCUAGAGGGAAAAGAUUCAGCUUGCCCACCCCUAAAGGAGGCCAGCACUUCCAAUACCCCAUAUUGACAGAGGAUCAGCAUAUACACAAAAAGUUUGCUACCAAAAUGGCUCGGAAGAAGAACAAUCCUAUGGACCCUGAGUAUGUGGGAGGAUUCUCCCCAUUUGUCAUGAGAGAUGUUAACUCUAAGUCUGCUGUUCUAGGGGUGCGGGCCAACAAGCAGGACGUCAAGUACUGGAUGAAGAACUUCUCUAAAGGGAAGAAAUGAAAAUGCUUGAAAGUUUGUUGCAAGUGAACAUUAUAUAUUGUAAAAAUAAAUAAGGUAAUAUAAUA